GGAGAAAGUUCCAGGGCACAAUAAAUGAUGCUGCUUCCUCUCAUGUUGACGUCUCGAAGUCUUGGCGGCAGCGUAGUGUACCGAAUCGGACUGUGUACCUACCUACGCAGUAUGUCGUGAAACAGCUUCUUAUCUGGUCGCUUAUGAUCUUUCAGCCAGCCACGGUACUCGCGCGAGUUCGGUCAUUAAUGGUGUUUCUUGCGCAUCCACCUGGAGCCGAGCCGAGCUUCGUCCACGUAAUACCAGAAUGCCAUUGUGGUCAAUGUCUUGGGGGUAGCAAUCUGCGAUGCUCAAGUCAUGAGGAACAGCGUGGCAUCACCCUUGGACCGUCGUCGCCUUGUCACACGAAGAACACCGGCAAUCAAUCCUCCUUCGCAAUGAACAAUGGUGCAAAGAAAGCGCUGGGCCGCGUUGGAGUGACCGCUGUGCUUCAGCCUCAGCAAGGGAAGCCUGCAAGGCAUGACAUCCACAAGAGAUUGCGUCAACUUGCGAUGCAAUGCCGACGUCAGAGAUCAGUCAGACCUCAGUCAGACCUCGGCGGAGAUGUAGGCCCAAGGCGGGGUUGGCGCAUUGGCGUUCGGCCGGCUAGUUCGACCCGCACGGCAACACGGAGAAGCUGGCUGCCUACCUAGCAAGGCGAUCUCGAUAUGCUGCGUUAGACACUUGUAACUGGUCUGGGAUUU